CUGCAAAAUGUUUAUUCUCUUCAGGGAGGCUGAAAUGAACACUGACAAACCACAUGAUUUGAGGACGUUGGUUUUAGACUGAAUUGUGUGACUAACUUGAAUGCUUGAAAGGAGUUCACGUGGAAAAGAUGCAUCAGGACACCACACAUAAUAGCAAAACUGGGACCAACAAAGCAUAUUUUGGCACGUCUACAUAUUUAGUUUAGUUUCCAAAAACAGAAAAACAGGUUUUCGAGAAAGGUCAAGCCACCAUACUGAGUUCCAAUCAGUAAAGAUGUACAGUAAAGCAGAACUCAAAAGUUUAUUUCUUAGUAUCCAUGGUUGAGUUAGGUCUUACUGCAUAGGCAGGGUGUUCCAUUUUUGCUUUCAAGUUUAGUUCAGCAAUAGUGGUCGCACUUAACACAAAGACAUCCUGUCUCCUGCACAAGACAAUCUUAUCUAGCCGUCUGACAUAAUGUUCCUGUGUUUUCUCUGGUACUCCCUCUACAGUUACAUAAUUACAAAGACUUCGGUCUAUGUCCAUUAACAAAGCAGUACUCUGAUAUUCCAGUAGAGCAAACUGACCUUCAAUCUCUCACUAUUAGUGGAUCGCUCUUUGGUUAUACAUUACAUCAUAGAAACAACUAAGGAGUGGUAGUUUGAAUCAGGGGGCAGGACUUCAUUUCAUUCUUUCUGUUUCAUUUUCUUGUGAUCUACAAUGGCUGCUGCACAGCAGAGAGAAGAAUAUCUGAAGCAAGAGCCAUUCAGAAGGAAUGCUUUUCUGAUCAUCGUUAAAAUGGUGAAGCUGAAUUCAGAACAUGCUAACAUACCGUUAGUGGAUGAGAUUCUUCAUAGCAUCUUCUUUUUGGGAAAGAUCAACAAGAUACCAUUUUCCCCAGAAGAUAUUCUGAGUGAUGAUGAAGACUUGCUUAAUGAGUUGAAGGGCCACUACCCUCAGCCUUUUAAACUCUAUUCCUCUCAACUACCCAGGCGGAGUCCAUUUUCAUGUGUGCUAGACAUGAUUGUCGAGCUGACAAGACAGACUCAUCAAGGGAAAAGACAAGAACAAGAGAUUGAAAAAGAAAUAAUAGAAAAGCUGCGCCGGCUCAUCAGUGAACUAGAGCUUGGUAAAAACGAGCCUCUGGUCUCCUCCACUAUCUGUGUCUCUCACAGCACCAAGAUCCCAAAUGCAGUCAGGUACUACGGAGUCUCCAUGUCCACUUCUGGCCCUAAUCCUGGGAAAAUCCUGAUUGCUGCAUCCUGUUUUAGCAGCUGGGAUAGUUAUGUAGCUGGUGCAGUGAUGACCUACUAUCCAGAGCAGAGCAGCAAGUACAUCAAGAAGAAAUAUUUUGAUGGAACCAUCAUACUUCCAGAGCAGCAUGUCAGGUGCCAGGCUUUUAACCUUUUUGAAAAAGAAGCCAAGCCCCCUUGUAGAUCAUGUGGGAAUUUGUUUGGUUUGACAACAAAUGAAAAAAAGGAAUGGCCUUAUGGCAACUGUGCAGAAGCUGAAAGUGUGAGCAACUUGCUUACAAAUGUGGUAGAAAUUAGAGAGCAAGCCCGACCAAAAGCUGAGACGUGCACAGAGGAGAACAGGAAGAGAGCUGAAGGGAGUGUCAGGAAAGAGCUUGAAGGUUUUGUGCGCACGGAGAAAUUUAAAUGGAGUGGUGAAUUCUACACCCCACAAAGAGUUUGAUCUUAAAAAGGGGAAACAUUAAUUGGUAUUAAAUAUUGAUAAGUACAAUUCUCAUGGUCCUUCAUUAUAAAGUAACCAGAUCUCUUUUGAUAUGAUUCUUUAUCAGUAAAAACUUAUAAAAAGAAACUGACUUAACUGACACUGUUAACCUCUGGGAACUGAAGUUACUUCUUAUUUGGUAAAUCAUGUGAUCAGAGCUGUCGGAUAUCAUCCUUUAUCAUGGCAAACUGUUAAUGCUCCAGCUACUACUGUAACAAUAAGGAUAUCAGUGCAUUCAUGGCACGAAUUGUAAACAAACUGUUUAAAUGAACCAUGCAGAAGAUGCAAAGUUGCUAAAUGUAUCGUUCGCAAUAAAAUGACGGUGAUGAAAAAUUA